AUGGCAGGUUUCGUCUUCCCUAAACCAUUACUAGUUGCAGCCACGGUGGUACUAGUAAUUGUUCCGGGAUAUUUGGGCGACGGAUCAGGGGCGCCACCUGGCUCCACUGCUGACUAUUGCGGCCUAAACGAGGCGGCCGAUCAGGCCAAUUUCCCUGGGUACGUUGAUUUUGUCCUUGAGGAUGUUGUUAAAAACACGCAGGAGCAAUACGCAGACGCUACUACCGGCGAGACGACGUACAGCUCAACUAGUCCAGUUGGUGGCGGUAGAGGUGCGGCCACCGGUAAGGCGACUUGUUACAGCGGCGUCACUGGAAAUAGCUGCGGGAAAUGUCUUUCAGAAGCGGUACAGUAUGUGAGCCCAUGUGCUCACUAUACGACCGGCUCAGCUUACUACGAUCAGCGCUGCUUCCUUCACUACUGGCAACUCUAA